AUGCUCGCGGUGGGAGCCACCGUGACUUUCACAUGCUCGGUGGUUGCGAAUCACGACCUUGUCUUUCACUGGUACCACGACAACUCGCAGCUGCAGGGAGGCGGGCUACAGCUACUCAUUGCCGGCCUGUUAUUGAACCUCACCGGUAAUUACACGUGCUCAGCGUCGAGCAGGACAACGAGCAAGGAAGGCCUGGCCUCGACUUCCAUUGUUGUCAUAGAACUUGUCUCUCAGCCUGUGAUCACAUCCAAUGACACCCGCCCUGUAGAACACAAUGACACGGCGACUUUAGACUGCGUGGCCAUGGGCACGGAUGUCUCAUAUGCCUGGUCCAGGAACGGCCUAACGCUUAGCCCGGGCGGCCGGCUGGUCUUGAGUAACGGCAACCGCACUCUCACCAUCUCCGGCGUGCUCAGAUCGGACACGGAGUUAACCUGCACUGGGUCCAACCCGGUCAACACAAACACCAGCGAUCCAUUCCUGCUGGACGUCAGCUACGGACCGGAACGUGUUCAGAUAACCGUCAGCCCCGAGCAGGCCGCUCACACCUCUGGCACGGACGCCUCUCUCACCUGUUCUGCUGUUUCCAAUCCUGCCCCGGAAUAUCAAUGGCUCUUCAAUGGGCUGUUCCAACAAAGCGGGCAGCAACUAGUCAUUGCGGCGCUUGGCGUCAAUGACACGGGAAGCUACACCUGCCAGGUGUUUAAUAAUGUGACCAAAAGGUCAAGUUCCUCUUCCCGAAACAUCACCGUCAUAGAGCCUGUUUCUACACCCAAAAUCACCUCCAAUGCCAGCAGCUUCAUAGAGCACAAUGACACCGUGGUCUUGACCUGCGUCGCGACAGGCACUGACGUCUCUUACACGUGGAGUGAAGACAAUAGCGUGAUAUCUAACGGCGGCAGGUUGGAACUGAGCGCCUCUAACAACACACUCACCAUUACCGGAGUAUUGCGGUCGGACGGGCCGUUCACCUGCCGGGCUUCCAAUGCGGUUAGCGCGAAGACAAGCGAUUCGUUCCCUCUCAAUGUCUAUUAUGGGCCGGACAAUAUGAAAAUUACCCCCCAGAGUCCAGUAACAAGAACGAAUGGAGAAGAUCUAACGUUGACCUGUUCGACCCAGUCCAUGCCCAGCCCUGUGUAUGAGUGGCUCAAUGGGACAGAGAGACUGAGUACAGGUCCAGUAUUCACCAUCUCCUCAGUAAGCAUGGACGACGAAGGGAAUUACACAUGUCAUGUCAAUAAUAACAAGACUGGCAGAAACAUCAGCCUCACUGCAAAGGUCAUCGUGCAAAACGGUGGUCUGGGAGCUGGAAAGUUCGCUGGGAUUGCGGUUGGAGUGAUUUUUGGUGUAAUCGUGUCCAGUGUUUUAAUCUGCUAUUUCAUGAGGAAAUAUAUGAACAGGCCGAAAGCCGAACCUGGGACGAAAUACGACGCGAACAGGAGUCCAAGGGGACAGACUGCCUCGGCCACAGAUUCCGAGGACGGACUGGCAACCUAUGAAAAUCUCCCGGGUAAAGAUCAGGGAACCACUCACGCGCCAGAGGGAGACGCCACAUAUAUGGGUCUGAAGCUGGAUGAUCGAUCGGUUUACAGUGAACUACGGAGGUAGCCGGGCCGACCCAUUGAUCAGCUCGUUGUAUCAACAAGGUUCACAAGGUCACCAUUUCACAAGUUAUUGGAGUAGAAUUAGGCCAUUCGGCCCAUCGAGUCUACUCCGCCAUUCAAUCAUGGCUGACCUCUGCCUCCCAAUCCCAUUUUCCUGCCUUCUCCCCAUGUAUUGUGUUUUAAAAAAUAUAUAUAAAUUAUGAUGUUUUUAUAAAUGAUAUA